GAACUAUGAAAUUGUCACUACGUUAUAUUGUCAGUUUGAAAGAGUAAAAAAAUAUAAUUUGUAGUUUUAAAAUAUAUGUUAAAACAACAAUUAAAAAAACGGUAAAACUAAUACAGAUUCUAUUCUUUUUCAGGUAACAUGAAGAGAUUAGGUCCAAUAAUAGCGAUCAUAUUAUUUGUUAGUCACCAAGCUUUGUCUGAAGUACUUAUAGACUUAUGUACAAGUAAAGUGUACUGCCAAGGCAACUUAUUAGAUGUAGUCCAAAAAUCUAGAGUUUUCAACGAUUCCAAGACAUUUGUAGAUCUAGUACAGAAGUAUCCUGAGAACAUUACUCUUGACCGGUUUAACAAGUUAAUGGUUAGCACUAAAAACCGUCCUACAAAGAUCAAUAUAACCCAUUUUAUAAACGAUUGCUUCUCUUCUGAAGGAGAGUUGGUAAAAUGGACUCCCCCAGACUACAAACAAAAUGCAAGUUUUUUAAAUAAAAUCAACAAUACUGAAGUAAAAAGUUUUGCCAAGAAGCUGAAUAAUAUUUGGCCAUUACUGGCUAGGAAAGUAAAUAACACUGUUUCUAAACAUCCGGCGCAACAUUCGUUGAUUUCUUUACCGAAUGGGUUUAUUAUACCUGGUGGAAGAUUUAAAGAAAUUUAUUACUGGGAUUCUUACUGGAUAGUUAAAGGGUUACUGAUAUCUGGAAUGAAUGAGACUGCAAGAGGAAUGCUGGAGAAUCUUAUCUCAUUAGUUAGAAGAUAUGGAUUUGUUCCAAAUGGAAGCAGAGUGUAUUACCUGAACAGAUCCCAACCUCCUCUUUUAUCGUUAAUGGUUGGACUCUAUUAUGACGCUACGAAAAAUAUAACGUUCAUUAAAAAAAAUAUAGAUAUUCUUGAACGAGAAGUAAAUUGGUGGUUGCAAAACAGAGCAGUAAGAGUUCGUAAGGAUUCUAUUAUACACACACUAUUACAGUACUCAGUUAAAAGUGGAGUUCCUAGGCCUGAAUCAUAUGUAGAAGAUCUUCAUACUUGUGAAAAGUUUGUGAAUGAUUCUAAGGUUGAAUGCUAUAAGAACAUUAGAAGUGCAGCUGAGUCAGGAUGGGACUUUUCUACAAGAUGGAUAAGGAACAGCUCAGGAGGUAUAGGAGUUAAUCUGACUGAUAUCCAUACAAGUGAUAUACUUCCAGUAGAUCUAAACGCUUUUAUAUGCGGAGCUUUUGAUCAACUUGCCAAGUUUUAUACGUUAGUUGGUAACAAAACCAAAUCCGCAGAUUACAAGCGAAAGGUUGAUAAAUGGAAAAUUGCAAUCGACAAAAUUUUCUACCACAAACGCGAUGGUAUUUGGUAUGAUGUAGAUGCAAAAGUUGGUAAAUACAGAGUAGAAUUUUAUCCCAGUACCUUCGCUCCUUUAUGGACCAAAUGUUUUGCACCUGCACGUGCUGACUAUUACGGUUCACGCGCAGCAGACUACUUAAAUAGAAACAAACUGAGCAACUUUUUGGGGGGUGUACCGACUUCGUUAAUUCAAAGUGGUCAGCAGUGGGAUUUGCCAAACGCUUGGCCCCCGCUACAAGAAAUAUUUGUUCUAGGUCUUGAUGAAACAAGAAACAAGAAAGCCAAAACGAUUGCAAAUUUAUUUUCCAAAAGGAUUUUAAAGGCGUUCAUGACAGGUAUGAAUACUACCAACGAGAUGUUCGAAAAGUACGAUGCUAUUAAUGUCGGUCAGUAUGGAGGUGGUGGAGAGUAUACAGUGCAAUCUGGUUUUGGAUGGACUAAUGGGGUGGCAUUUUCAUUAAUACAGAGAGAUUAUCUUCACUAAUAAAGAGAUGCUAGAUGGCCAAAGAAUUAGCUCUUACUAGAUAAUUUAUAUUUGUAAAUAUUUAUUAAAGUUGUAUAAAGUCUUAAUAUAU